UAAAUUUACUGGAGAUGAAAAUAGAGAGAGAAAACCUUUACGCAGGAAAUAAAAAAAAAAAAAAAAAAAAAAAAACCUUUACGCAGGAAAUCUCUCCCUUUCUCUCUCCGACCAGAUCGGAAAUCUCUAUUCCAAUUCUAUAUAGAAGAGGAAGGAUUGUGUUUCCCUAGUUUAAAAACUUAUUGUUUUUUGUUGUUUGCAUUGUAUGAUUUAUUGCUUUGUCUAGUUCGCAGUUUGAUUGUUGCGUGUAACGGAAUUCGUGGGUGUAUCCGUAGGGAAAUUGGUGGUGUGAUCUGGCUAAUUGAGGAGAGUCAUAGGGUUUUUUGUGACGGAAUUUUAUGAGAAGGUGAGAAUUUGGUGGCUAAGAAUUUUCGAUGGCGUCGGCGCAGGUAUUGAAGAAGCAAGAGCAUUUGGAAGCUGGAAAGAAGAAGCUAGAAGAGUUUCGUCGAAAGAGAGCUGCAAAGAAAGCUUCCUCUACUAAUGUUAUAAAUGAAAAACAACCUCCAGAAACAGAAAAUGUACGUGCCACCGAAUCUAAUGGAGUAGGUACUUCAGAUACGAUUUCUGAAGGUCGACCGGAGACGUCAAAUGAUGUUCCUAAGAUUGCUGACAAGGAAUAUGAUAUUCCUAGACAAAAUGAUUUUAUUUCUUCUAGUGAUAAGAAUGCAACUUCCUCUCUUUUAGACAGAAACAAUGUGCAUUCUUACUCAGAUAAUGAAGAGUACAGAGAUCAUGCUGCCUCCGUCCAUUUGGAACAAUAUCAAAGCCCUCAAGAUAAAUUUCAGAGCAGGAAGGAUGAAUAUGGAACAUCAGUUGAAAUUGCUUCUGGGCUUGGGAAAUAUAAUAUUUUGGCUAAUAAGGUAUCAUCUGCUGAGGAAAACCAUGCAUCCAGUUACCUUACUUCUGAUGGAUUAGAUAAGCACCCAUCAAAUGACAUUCAUCGUCCAGAGAAGGAUGUUCCGCUUGUUAAUUCUAGUACGUCAUCUAUUUAUAAUGCCAAUUUUAAGCCAAAAAAUUUUGUCAGCUCUCUUGGUAAUAGCAGAGAUGAGGAUUUCAAACUUACCACACCAUCUUUCAUAGAGCCUCAGCAUUCUUCCUCAAAUAUAAGCGGCCCGACAAUCGGACUUAAAGAGAACUUCUCUGUGUUUUCUGGUAUGGAAGGGAAGAAAUUUGGCAGUGCUUUUAAUCAUUCAGAGAGUACAAACAAUUCGUCUUUGUGGACCUCUGAUAAUAAAUUUGCUGAUUACAACUCCGAGGCACUGAGCUCAUCAAAUUGCGGACCCCCAUCUCCACCCACAUCUGGGAGAAGAACCCGCCCAUCUUUUCUGGAUUCCAUUCAGAUCUCAAAAGGCCCUUCAUCAUCUCUUCCUCUCUUUGGCACAGAAAAAGAUGAUGUAUCGAGUUCCAAGGUUUACCCUGUGGAUGGUUUGGGAUCAUCAGUUCCACAUAGAUUCACCAACACUCCAGUUUCAUCUGGGGAUGGCGCUGGCUUAUUUAAUAUCACGGAACAGAAACAUGACUUCUUUUCCCAGAAGCAGAAUGAAGACUUUGCUGCUUUAGAACAGCAUAUCGAAGAUUUAACACAAGAGAGAUUCUCGUUGCAACGUGCUCUUGAAUCUUCACGGGCAUUAGCAGAGUCUUUGGCUUCUGAAAAUUCAGCUUUAACAGAUAGCUUUAAUCAACAGGGAACAGUUGUCAACCAGCUUAAAUUUGACCUUGAAAGGUUGCAGGAAGAAAUCAAAGCCCAACUGGUGGAACUUGAUGCUGUAAAAAUGGAAUAUUCUAAUGUCCUGCUGGAAUGCAAUGCUGCUGAUGAACGCGCAAAACUAUUGGCUUCUGAAGUAAUUGCACUGGAAGAAAAGGCAUUGCGCUUGAGGUCCAAUGAGUUGAAACUAGAGAGGGAGUUGGAGAACUCCCAAGCAGAGAUAUAUUCUUACAGGAAGAGAAUGUCAAGCCUUGAGAAAGACCGUCAAGAUCUUCAAUCUACUAUUGAUGCCUUACAAGAAGGUAGAAAAAAACUACUACAAUCCAAAUUAUGGAAAGCUUCAUCAACAUCAAGCGACUUGAGCAAGAGUUCAACCACUAAAACAGAUGUAUCAACUUCCACGGAGGAUCUAGAUACCAAUACAACCACAGAGUCUGCAGUCUCGGCUUCUGGUACUGUCUGGAUUGGGGAUGAGGACCCUCGUUCUCAGUUUUCCCCUGAAAAUGUAUACCUCAAUCUUGAAAGUCUACCUGUGGCAUUUCCAUCUGAUCAAAUAAGAAUGAUUCAAAAUAUCAAUACAUUAAUUGUGGAGUUGUCAAUCGAGAAGGAUCAGUUAGUGCAAGCCUUGUCAGCAGAAUCAUCUCAAAGCUCUAAACUUCUGGAAUUGAACAAGGAAUUGACCCGAAAGCUUGAAGCUCAGACACAAAGAUUAGAGCUCUUAAUGGCUCAAAGUAUGGCAAAUGAUAAUAACCAACCGAGACAUCAGAAUAUACAGACUGUGCCUGUAAGCAUAACGUAUGCUGAUGAAGGAGAUGAGGUAGUUGAAAGGGUUUUGGGCUGGAUCAUGAAGCUCUUCCCUGGUGGGCCAUCAAGACGGCGGCCAGGCAAGCAUCAUUGAUUUUAUAUCAUACACUUCCUAAGCACAAGCUUUUGUGUGGAUCUUCGUUCUCCGCUCCCAUUUUUGGUGGCUAGAUGGAGGCUGCAGUUUGUAUACAAUGAGUCGUCCUACACUUCCAUUCAUUUCCUCGGAAGAUGAGAGGACUUGGCGCAUGAUGGUGCCGUUUCUUUGCCAAUUUUGGAACGGAGUUAGUCUGAUUUUUUUCCUGGCCAAUUGAUUAAAUGUUUUUUGACAGUUGAUCGGAAAAGGGCGAAAGGAAAAUAUUAGGAAUUUGGGAAUGAAAGAUGCAAUGCAGUUGCUUGGAGUGAUAUAUAUAUAUCUCUGUAUUCUUUAUUUUCUUUUUUUGCGUUUUUUCGUCAGAUUUUUGUUUGUGUAAUCAUCUUGUAUACUGACAAGUUGACUUAAAUGAAUGUGGAAAAGGAUACAACUUAUCCCGUUUGUUCA